GUUUGUCAUUUUACGUUCAAAUUACGUAAAUAUCAGACCCGUUUUUUAUACUUUCCCUUCUUCCCAUUUUUGUGGACAAGAUUAUUUAUAUUUAUUAAUAAUAUUAAUUUAGAUAUUUAUAACUGAAUUACACCAUCAGUUGAUAAACUCGGGAAAACAUUUUAAAAAAAAUUGAAAAAAAAAAUCAUUAGAAAUAUAUCGAGAAAAAUAGUCUUGUGGGGGAAAAAAAUAACAAUUUGAAACUUUCGUGUAAAGAAUCUGAAAGUAAUUUGGUAAAUAUUUCUGAAAACUGACAGACUCCACAUUCCAUCAAAGAAACCAAAAGAAAUAUGGGUGUUGAUGAAAAUAACAUGGAUUUUAUAGAAGAUAAAGAAAUGAAUGAAAUACUUGACUCAGCCAUUUCAGAGAUGCUAGGAAGAAUUAAGCGGUCACUCGAAGAAGAAAUUCCAGCCAAACCACUGCCACCAAUGGUCCCCAUACCCAUACGAGAGGAAGAGCCACAAAAGUUAGCGAAAGUUCUUGAGGACUUAGGAGUACAGACAGAUGCAGUAGCCAUGGAUGGUGAAAAGAAAAUGCAGUACCAGAUCAACAUUCAGGAGCAUGCACGCCCAGCAUGCUCACCACUCCAUAUCAACUUGAGCCUGCCUCCUCAUACUUGCCCAUCAACGCCACCAUCCAGUUCUCCAGCUCCAGUUAAAUCGACUGCAGAGCCAAGAAAAGAACCUAAAAGUACAGAGAACGCCAGUGUGCAAACUGUUAAGAUAGGUGAUGUUGCCAAUUCACCGAAGACACAAAAUGAUACCCAGAGGGAAACGAAACCAGGUGUUUUACCAAUCCAUAUCAAUGUGACCAUGCCUCACAUCUGUCAACCGACAACAGACAAACCCACUCCAGCUGCAUCACAGCCAGACACUGCAGCAGAGCAAAAAAAGAAGCCUGCACUUAAGGAAAUCAGUGUGCAAACUGAUGAUAUGGUUGCUGACACAAAGGAAGAUGUGGCCCCUGAGACCACUCCAGCUGCAUCACAGCCAGACACUGCAGCAGAGCAAAAAAAGAAGCCUGCACUUAAGGAAAUCGGUGUGCAAACUGAUGAUAUGGGUGCUGACACAAAGGAAGAUGUGGCCCCUGAGACCACUCCAGCUGCAUCACAGCCAGACACUGCAGCAGAGCAACAAAAGAAGCCUGCACUUAAGGAAAUCGGUGUGCAAACUGAUGAUAUGGGUGCUGACACAAAGAAAGACAUGCACCCACCAUUAACAGUUCAACUUAUCGUAGAAGAGAGUCCAGCCACAGCAGGGUCAGCAGAGACCCUUGAGCCACAAAAAGAGGGUAAACCUGUUGAAACUGUAAGUGUACAGACUGAGGAGACAGCUGCUGACAGAGAAAAGCCAGUACUGUACGAUAUCAACAUCCAAGAACAUGCACGGCCAGAAAAUACGCCACUUCGUAUCAAUUUCAACCUGCCUCAGCAUACUUGUCCAAAAUCAGCAGCUGAACCUCCUUCAGAUGAGGAAUCUCAAGAAUCCUCUGACUCACAAAAUGAAGAUGAAGUUACUGAUGGUGUGGGUGUACAAACUAUUGAGACAGGUGAUGAUAGGCCGAAACCAGUGCAGUACAAGAUCAACAUCCAAGAACACAAGCGCCCAGCUACCUCACCACUCCAUAUUACUCUGAACCAACCUCGUCAUACCUGUCCAGCAUCAACAGUUCAAUCCCCUCCAGCUACACCACAGCCUGCCAAAAAACCUAAAAUUAUGAAGGACCUGAGUGUGCAGACAGGUGAGAAUGGUGCUGAAAAGUCAAGCCCAAACCAGUACCAGUUCAAUAUCCCAAAACAGUCAGGCCUGGAAUCCUCACCAAUACGUAUCCAUGUGAAUGUACCUCCUCAUGACUGUCAAUCGCCAUCAACAGUUAAACGGCCAUCAGUCAGAGACAUCUCAGACUCAUCACAGCCACCAAAACGACCUAAACAAGUUGGGGACAUGAGUGUACAGACUGAUAAUGAAACUAGCAAAUCAAAGAUAACUCAGGCAGACAAGCAUGGACAUGUGUAUAUCAAUGUGAAGGUACCUCCUCACACCUGUACCCUGCAGACAGCUAAUCCCAACUUAGACAAGAGCACUCAAGCCACCCGAAAGCAAUCAAAACCAGCUACAUAUAAGGGUGAAGGUAUGCAGACCAGUAUGGCAUCUACUGACGAUUCAAAGAUGAUACAGACUAAAAAUCAGUAUUAUGUACUCCCAGAUGGCACACCUUUCUAUAUCACUUUGAACACAGCUUCUGUCACCAAUCAACAAGCAGCAACACAACCCAACUCUGUUGGCAAAAGUCCAGCCGCUCAAAAGCAAUCAAAACCAGCUACAUAUAAUAAGGAUGUAGGCAUGCAGACCAGUAUGACAUCUACUGACGAUUCAAAGAUGAUACAGACUAAAAAUCAGCAUUAUGUACUCCCAGAUGGCACACCUGUCUAUAUCACUUUGAACACACCUUCUCUCACCUGUCAACAAGCAACAACACAACCCAACUCUGUUGGCAAAACUCCAGGCACCCGAAAGCAAUCAAAACCAGCUACAUAUAAUAAGGAUGAAGGUAUGCAGACCAGUAUGGCAUCUACUGACGAUUCAAAGAUGAUACAGACUAAAAAUCAACAUUAUGUACUCCCAGAUGGCACACCUGUCUAUAUCACUUUGAACACACCUUCUCACACCUGUCAACAAGCAACAACACAACCCAACACCAUUGGCAAAACUUCAGCUGCCCAAAAGCAAUCAAAACCAGCUACAUUUAAUAAAGAUGUAGGCAUGCAGACCAGUAUGACAUCUACUGACGAUUCAAAGAUGAUACAGACUAAAAAUCAGCAUUAUGUACUCCCAGAUGGCACACCUGUCUAUAUCACUUUGAACGCACCUUCUCUCACCUGUCAACAAGCAACAACACAACCCAACACCAUUGGCAAAAGUCCAGCCAGUCCAGCCCAGUCAAAGAGAUCUAGACUGAAGGAGGAUGUAGGUGUGCAGGCUGAUGAGAUAUCUGACAAUUCAAAGAUGACACAGGUCAACAGUCAGAACUAUGUGCUUCCAGAUGGCUCGCCCCUCCAGUUCACUUUCAACAGGCCACCUAACACUCAUCCAAAAGCAACAGUGCAACCUACUUUGAAUAGAAAAAUUCCAGGCUGCCAUAUGGUGUCAUGCCCUGCUCUCCAUCCAAGGAGGAUGAAGUGCUGUUGCCACAAAUAAGCUUGUUGACAACCAAGAUUUCAAAGGAAAUGUUCAUCAACUGCCAAAACUCACCACUUUCAAAGUGUUGUGUUUCCAAGAAAACGGAAAUCAAGUAAAUAGGAAUGGCAAAAAAAGUCAAUAAAACAAUAUAACAACAUCUACACAAA